GUGACGUCUAUGUGAUGCGAGACGAAGCUUGGUCUAGCUAAGCUAACAGGGGAGUUUGCCGCGUUCCGGGUCGUGAACUAUGUUACAUCUUCAGUUCAUUAUAAAACCUGACUCUGCAUUUGUUUUUAAUGAUGUCUUUGUAAAAACUGAAACUGCACUUCUCCUUUCCUUUGGUUUGACAUCGUCAAGCCAGGCAGCGACUAAUGAACAAAUAUCGAACAACUAAGAUCAGCCUUGAAAAAAAAUAAAUAAAGAUUGACUGAUUGCUACUUUGCCGGCCGUAGCCAGCUGGAAAAUUAGCUAUUUGCCUCUAUUGACAGUUUCUGUUGAAGAAAAUAUGACAACUCUAACAAGACAAGACCUUAAUUUCGGACAAGUGGUUGCCGACAUCCUGUGUGAGUUCCUGGAGGUCGCUAUUCAUCUCAUCCUGUAUGUCCGUGAAGUUUAUCCCUCUGGAAUAUUUCAGAAGAGAAAGAAAUACAGUGUACCUGUGCAGAUGUCAUGUCACCCGGAGCUGAAUCAGUAUAUCCAGGAUACACUACACUGUGUAAAGCCACUCAUUGAGAAGAAUGAUGCAGAGAAGGUUGUGGUGGUCAUCAUGGACAAAGAGCAUCAUCCAGUAGAGAGAUUUGUGUUUGAGAUUUCCCAACCGCCACUGCUGUCCAUCAGCUCUGACACAUUACUUUCACAUGUGGAGCAACUGCUGAGGGCCUUCAUCCUGAAGAUCAGCGUGUGUGAUGCUGUUUUAAGUAAUAACCCACCAGGGUGUUCAUUUACAGUACUUGUACAUACAAGAGAUGCUGCCACACGCAACAUGGAGAAGGUUCAAGUCAUCAAGGAUUUUCCAUGGAUAGUUGCUGAUGAGCAAGAAGUCCACAUGCAGGAGCCAAGACUCAUCCCACUGAAGACCAUGACAUCUGACAUAGUAAAAAUGCAGCUCUAUGUGGAAGAGAGAGCCCAGAAAACAUAGGUCCUCACGCUGCAGAAAUGAGGGAUAUUGCUGCACGAGCCAGUCUGUGAUAACACUGAGUCAUGAGCAAAGUAUAUUGUAGCCUAUCAGAGCCACAACUGUCCGAAAGAAAGAUGAGCGUUAAUUAAGAGUGAGAUGUUCCUUAUGGAAUGUGUUAGUGAGGUGCCUACAUAAUGCAACAGUUUGGGUUUGACUCUUACAUUUGGCUGACAUUUGAUGUCUGCCUGUGAUUUAAGCACAUCCCACACACAUGUCUGUGAAUAUGGUUCCAUUCUUGUUGUCAUAGUAGUCUUGCCACGUCCACAGGGAGGUCACAGGCUAAGUCAUCUCGUUAUUUUGGUUUCCUCACCGACUACAUUGUCCCGCUGUGCCAUAACAGGGUGGUGCAUGGUGACCUCCACUGGCAUCAGGAAUGCUGUGUCAAAGCGGCAUCGAGGAAGUUUUGCUGGGGUACUUUUGGAAUAAAAGGAUCCACUGGUUUACAUAUGUUUUCACAUGUACAAUUGCAACCAUUGGUAAUGUUCCCUUCCACUGUUAUGUGAAAAAUGCUAAGUUGUGAUUUACAUAUAAUUUAAUUUUCACUGCCGAUAGCAUUGUGAAUUAAUACGUAAAAGUUACUAAAUUGUAAUUUAAGCACCAGCGCUAGAAAUCACUGUCUUAGUAUGUAGAAAGAUCUUAGUAGAAUGACCCUUGGUAGUUAGCUUAAUUUCGUUCAUCAAGAUGUUACAUUAAUAAUAUAAAAGUCUCUGCAAUUCUAAAUAACUGCACUGGGAUAAAGGAUCAGCCAUUAAACUACUCUAAAAUCAUCAGACAACAUCAAACCGCCUUACAGUGGCUGUAUUAUGUCAUCAUUAACCCGUACAGGUGUCUCUCGUAAUUUCUAUAACAGUUAUUAUAGGCAAUAAUUUUUGUUGCUGCAGUUGCAAAUGGUGGACAGGACUCGGACCCAAAGGGGGACUCUCAAGCGGGUGAGGUAAAGCUGAAGCCGAGCUGUUUAGAACUAGACAGAAAGCAGUAUUAGUGUCAAAUCAGGCUCAGAGCUUUCCCCAGUCAACCAGUGUAGUUUUGAUGUUGGAAGACUGGCCCAGUGACGGCUGUCUUCAGGUAACUAGCAGAGCUCCGCCCUCUCAGAGAUAACUGUCACCUAAUUUCUGGAUUUGCAGCUCAACAGAUUCAUCUUUUGUACGCAGUCUGUUACAGUGUGACUGAGGUUUUUUUAAUGGCAUAAUUUCCACGAUCAAUAAAACAGAUAUUAGUUAAAAGCUGAUAGAUAUUCGUGGUCCAGUUGGUAGGAUUUAGGAUUGGAUUGUUGAGAAGACCAGUUUAGCUUUGCUGCGAUAAAGCUGUUUCUUGUUCUAACACGAGGGCAGUAUACGGUGCGUAUGUCAGACCACAGCUGAUGUUUUUAAGUCAGUUUGGAAUGAACGUGACACAUAGUUUGCAUGAUGAGAUAUCAUAAGGCAUCAAAAGCUUACUAAGUGCAUGUUGUUUUCAUCUGUGUGUGAUAAGGUGGAAUAUGUAGAAACAUUUGAAGUUCAAAACCUAAUUACCCAAUGUACAACGUGGUUCUUUGUCUUCUCAGGUAAAAUAUAAUGAGUUCUCUCACAGAUCAAGUCACUGC